AUGGCGUCGUCAUCCUCCCACAACCCCGAGGAAGACGAAGGCCUCAUGCCCUUUUCUUGCUACGAAUGCCGCAACCGCAAGCUAAAGUGCGACCGCCUAAGCCCGCGAUGCACUCGGUGUUCUCGCUCGGAGGUCCGGUGUCAAUAUCCCGCUACAAGGAAGCGGCCGGUGAUUACGGCGACAAGGCCGAGAGUCAAAGAGCUGGAGUCGCGAUUAGUCGAGUUGGAGAAUCGGCUCAAGGCUACACAGGAGGAAGGGUACCAGUCUUUCAGACCGUUUGACUCGCCUGAGAGUGACCUCAUUGAGACUGGUCGCUUUGAACAGCUACCUCCUCAAGAUGUCGUUGAAGAGCUAACGAGUACCUUCUUUACAAUUAUCCAAAAUGAGUCUCGAUUCAUCCAUCCAUCAAGAUACCAGGCUUCCCUCUAUCAGCCUCCUCACAUGCAGCCACCCAUGUGUCUCCAAUACAUGGUCUUGGCCCUUGCUGCAUCCGUGUCACCCGCUCAUAAACAACUAGCCCAGCCCUUUUAUCGAAGAGCCAGGUAUUACUAUGAGGCUGAUGAACUCAAGGGCGAAGGAGAAUACUUUGUCACUCUGGCUCAUGCACAAACUUGUCUUCUCAUGGAGCGCUUCGAAGUCCAAAACCUCUGGUUCUCCCGAUCCUCAAUGAGUACCUCAAAAGGUGUCCGUUUAGCUCAAAUCAUGGGCUUGCAUCAGCUCGACGGCGAGGGUGGGUUAAGCCAGACCCUACCACCACCAAAAGACUGGUGCGAGCAAGAAGAGAGAAGACGGACUUUGUGGGCUAUCUUCUGCGGCGAUAGGAACACGAGCAGCACCACGGGAUGGCCCAGUUUAAUGGAUGUUCAGCGAAUCAACACCAAGCUUCCUGCAUCAGAAGAGGCGUUUCAGCUCGGCGUCGAGGAAUCAUCAACCACUCUCGCCGAGGCCAUAAAUGGAGACAGGUCUCAAUGCUCAUACUUUGCAUGCCGCGUUCUCGCCACACACCUUUUCCAUGAAUGUCUCGACCACACCUACCAAGACCGUCCUGAUGAAAACCCAGCAGAUAUUCAAAACAGUACAUUCUGGAAACGGCAUGAAGAUCUCAACAACGGCCUUGCGACAACUUUCAUCACACUACCAGACACCCUGCGCACAUCAACAGCCUAUAACCGCAACUCUACAAUGAUAAACCUGCAGCUUCACACAGCAACAAUCUGCCUCCACCGCACCGGUGUAGCGCGAGCAAAAAAGCACAACAUCCCCCUUGAGAUACUCUUUGGAACACAAGUCCGACUACUGCCAGCAGCCGACGCAAUCUUUGGCAUCGUGGCUUCUCUCGCAGACGUCACUGGCACGUUUCGGAACCCCAUGGUGGCAUUCGCGGCAUACAUGGCAGCCUACGUAUUUCUGGAAGAUUACACAAGCUUUCAGAAUCACGAUAGCGAGAUGAAGAUGAAUGCUUUGAUGGAUCUCAUGAUAACGAUAGGACAAGAGAACCCCGUCACGGCGUCGGUUGCGAUACAGAUGGCGCACGAGUUGCGGAAAACAGGAAUUGAUCCUUCUGCAGUGAACAAGGUUGCGGGCCUCAUGGCAAAGAUGGAUCUCAAAGGACCGUUGAUGGGCAAGCAGGACAGGGCAGCGGGAAGCGUGAUAUUCUGCCCAUUUGAAGCGCCGAGUGGAUCAGGGCCACGGGGUGUACCAAGCGAGUUUCCAAGGGGAAAUAUGGGUAUCAUGUGA